CAGAAUCGGGACUGGAGCGAAGGGGCCACCGGCGGAGCUGCUCCCGCGGCGGCUGCUCCCUCUGGGCCAACCCCGCCUCGGCGGCUGCAGGCGGGCAGGAUGAUGCCCCCGACGGCCGGCGAGUCGCCGCACCAGCUGCUAGGCCGGCUGCGCUUCCUGAGCGAGGCGAUCGGGUGCCUGACGCGCGCGGAGCCGCUGCCCGCCGCCUUGUGCUACGUGCCCCGCGAGGUGCAGUAUAAGAUCUGCAAGGACCCCAGCGCCCCCGGGCCCGCCUCGGCCUCCGGCCGGACCCUGCUGUCGGUAUGGGAGAACCCCAGCAAGGCCGGCGCCGGCUCCGGGUCGGGCGGCAGGAAGGGCCUGGGCAGGGGCACCAUCGAACUGCGCAAGGGCUCGUGCAUCCGAGCCAGCGGCGAGGAAUACUGCAACGGGCACGGUCUCUGGGUGAAGCUGACAAAGGAGCAGCUGGAGGAAUUCAAGAUUGGCUGUGAUCUGGAGGAAGGCUGGGUACUCAUGUGUAAGCAUGCAGAUGGUGGGGACAGGCUGGUGCCAGUGGAAUCGAUGGAGAGAAUCCAGAGGCAGCAACAACUCUUUGGGGUGGAUUAUAAGCCUGUAAUCAGAUGGGAGCAGGUGGUGGAUUUAACAUAUUCCCUCCGUCUUGGGGCAAAGCCAAAAAUCAUGGAGCCAGAUGCAGCUGCGGUAGAGAGACUCCGAUUUGUACCACCCACAUGGAGCUACGAAUGUGAUGAGGACUUGGUGCAUUUCCUCUAUGACCACAUCGGCAAGGAAGAUGAGAAUCUGGGCAGCAUCAAGCAAUAUGUGGACAGCAUUGAUGUGUCCUCCUACACGGAAGAAUUCAAUGUUUCAUGCCUGACAGACAACCAUGCAGACACCUACUGGGAGAGUGAUGGGUCUCAGGGUCAGCACUGGGUCCGUCUCAACAUGAAGAAAGGGACCAUUAUCAAGAAGCUGUUCCUGACUGUGGACACAACAGAUGAGAAUUUCAUGCCCAAGAGGGUGGCUGUGUAUGGUGGCGAGGGGGAUAACCUGAAGAAGCUGAGUGACGUGGGCAUUGAUGAGAGCUACAUCGGGGAUGUGUGUGUGCUGGAAGACAUGACUGCUCACUUGCCUGUCAUUGAAAUCCGCAUUGUGGAGUGCAGAGAUGAUGGGAUAGAUGUUCGGCUACGGGGAAUAAAGAUCAAAUCUUCUCGGCAACGGGAACUGGGGCUCAAUGCAGAUAUGUUUCAGCCAGCCAACCUGGUGAGGUAUCCUCGCCUGGAGGGAAGAGACCCUGAUGUGCUCUAUCGGCGGGCUGUGAUCAUCCAGAGGUUUAUCAAGAUCUUGGAUAGUGUUCUUCACCAUCUUGUUCCCGCCUGGGACUACACACUUGGCACCUUCAGCCAACUCAAGCACAUCAAACAGUUCCUGUUGCUGUCCAAAAGACGUACAGUGCUAAUCACCCAGUGCCUCAAAGACUCAGAGACUAGCAAGCCCAACUUCAUGCCACGGCUCUACAUCAACCGUCGCCUGGCCAUGGAGCAUCGUGACAAUCCUGCACUUGACCCCAGCUGUAAAAACACAGUCUUCACUCAGGUAUAUGAGGGACUAAAACCUUCUGACAAGUAUGAGAAGGCCCUGGAUUACAGGUGGCCGCUACGUUAUGACCAGUGGUGGGAGUGUAAAUUCAUUGCUGAGGGCAUCAUUGAUCAGGGUGGCGGUUUCCGAGACAGCAUUGCUGAUAUGUCCGAGGAGCUGUGUCCUAGUUCAGCUGAGACUCCAGUGCCGCUGCCUUUUUUCGUCCGCACGUCCAACCAGGGCAGUGGUACCGGAGAGGCCCGAGACAUGUAUGUCCCCAACCCGUCCUGCAAAGAGUUCACAAAAUAUGAGUGGAUUGGGCAAAUCAUGGGAGCCGCCCUGCGUGGCAAGGAGUUCCUAGUCCUGGCCCUGCCUGGCUUUGUCUGGAAGCAACUGACAGGGGAGGAAGUGAGCUGGAGCAAGGACUUCCCUGCUGUUGACUCUGUGCUGGUGAAGCUUCUGGAGAUGAUGGAAGGAAUGGACAAAGAGACCUUUGAGUUCAAGUUUGGGCAUGAGCUGACAUACACCACUGUGCUGAGCGACCAGUGCAUGGUGGAGCUUAUCCCUGGUGGCACUCGCACUGUGGUGCACUAUGAGGACCGCUUGGAUUUCAUCCGCCUGGUGCAGAAGGCACGGCUAAAUGAGAGCAAGGAGCAGCUUGCGGCCAUGCAGGCUGGACUUCUCAAGGUAGUGCCUCAGGCAGUACUGGAUCUGCUCACUUGGCAGGAACUGGAGAAGAAGGUCUGUGGUGACCCUGAAGUUACUGUUGAGGCUCUAAAGAAGCUCACUCGCUUUGAGGAUUUUGAACCAUCGGAUACUAGAAUUCAGUAUUUCUGGGAAGCCUUGAACAACUUUACUAAUGAGGAUCGCAGUCGCUUCCUGAGGUUUGUUACUGGAAGAAGCCGACUUCCUGCUCGGAUUUAUAUCUAUCCUGACAAAUUAGGCUCUGAAACCACUGAUGCACUUCCUGAAUCUUCCACUUGCUCCAGCACACUUUUUUUACCAAACUAUGCUUCGGCGAAAGUCUGCGAGGAAAAGUUGCGUUAUGCGGCUUAUAACUGUGUGGCUAUUGACACAGAUGUGAGUCCAUGGGAGGAGUGAGUCUAUUUUGAGGCCUUGUUAACCAUUUCUUCUGUGUUACAUAGUUCCUACAUGCAAUAAUCUCUUACUAUUAAGAUCCAGAAAGCAUGUAUGUGUAUAUAUAAUAAAUUACCAAGUGUGA